UUACAAACAAACUCACAUGUUUUCCUUUAACCCUAUAAUGCGAGGGAACGCCUGUGAGGCAUUGGGUGUGGGACACACAGGCCCUGCCCCCUGCUGGCACACAAGCAGUUAAAGGCUUCCGGCAGAGGCAGCGGCACUGAGUCAGGUGUGGCCCUGAAACCUGACAGAGGAGUCACAGGCAGAAAGUUUCCUUAUUGAGCCGGAGCUUUCCCACGAGGAUGGCGGAUACGGGUGCCCCCCUCAGCUCCAAACCCGUGUGUAAAAGCCAGAGUGCCAGCGCCAUGGUGCCCUUGGCCAGGAAGGAGGAAGAGAAGCCGGGCACGAUAGCCAAGAGUAAAUCUGCAGCCCAGCUUGGCACCAACAUUUCUGCAAAUGGAUCUGCCAGGGAUGUGGAUAAACCCAAGCCCCCCGCGGCGGAUGUUGAUGCCCCCGACGUAGUCCUGUGCGACUUUUGCUUAGAGACGAAGGUGAAAGCCGUGAAGACGUGUCUGACCUGCAUGAUUAACUACUGUGAGGCGCAUCUCCGACCCCACCUGGAGAAGCCCAAGCUGCAUGCUCACCAGCUGGUGGGCCCCAUCAACGACGCCGAGCUGCGGAGGUGCAGCACCCACAACAAGCCGCUCGACUGGUUCUGCCAGGAGGAUCUACUGUGCCUUUGCCAAGACUGUGCCAUGGAGCAGCACAGGGAGCACAACCCGAUCCCCUGCAGCGAGGCGAGGAGGCAGAAAGAGGCUGAAGUACACGAGACGGUGGCAGAAUAUGAAUGGAAACUGAAGUCGGCCGAGAUCGCCAUCGAGAAACUGGAGGCAAACACCACAUCCAUCCAGAAUUCAGUUUCAGAAGCCAAGAGGGCUAUUAACCUCCAGUUUGAGGAUGUGCACAGCGCCGUUAAUAAGUCCCACACCAAGGUGCUGGAGUUCCUGGAGCUGAGGGAGCGGGCGGCUCUGAACCAGUCCAACGGGAUCAAGACCCACCUGGAGCAGAAGUGCAGCGAGCUGAGAAAGUGCAAAGUGAAGGCGGAGAGGAUCGCCAGUCACAGGAACGAAUUCUCCUUCCUACAGGAGUACUGUGAAUUUAAGAAGUCCGCGGGGGACGACACCCUUCCCAGUGUUUACAUCGGGCUGAAGGACAAGCUGUCGGGGAUACAAAGGGUGAUUUCCGAAGCGACGGAGAAGAUCAUCGAAAUGCUACAGACCUCGUACCUGGAGCGGCUGCAGGUGUUUGCUAAGGAAGAGGAUCUUGGGAUAAAAACAAUGGUUUCGGCCAUCGUCCCAAAGGAGCAUCGGAUCAGCGCCCCCGAGCCGGCGUCGCGCAACGAGUUCCUGAAAUAUAAGUCCAACCUUACCCUGGAUCCGGUAACCGCUCAUCGGUUCCUCCGGCUGUUAGAAGACAACCGCAAGGUGUCCAACACCGCCCCCUGGCAACAUCCGUACCCCGAUGACCCCCAACGGUUUGAGGACUUCAGGCAGGUGCUGAGCGUGGAGAGCUUCUACAUCGGGCGCCAUUAUUACGAGGUCGAGUUUAAAGGGGAAGAGGUUCACAUGGGCGUGACCUACAAAUGCAUCGACAGGAAGGGGUCGGAGAGCAACAGCUGCAUCACGGGGAAUGACUUCUCCUGGACCUUAAAGUGGAACGGGAAAGAGUUCUCCGCCUGGCACAGCGAUGUGGAAACCCCUCUCAAAACAGAGAAAUUUCCCCGGGUGGGAAUCUAUAUUAACUAUGUGAGUGGCAAUAUAUCGUUCUAUGGGGUCGCGGACAAAAUGACCCUCUUGCACCAGUUCGAGGGCAAGUUUGCAGAACCGCUCUAUGCAGCCUUUUGGCUACCCAAGAAGGAAAGUUCUGUGGUGGUUUUAAGCCCAGAUAAUAUAAUGUUGCCUCCUGGCUCGUCUCCUACAGCAGCUGGCACUCCCUGAGAGCCUUGGCCACCAUUCAAGGAGACAGACUCAGCAGGAUCAGAUCAAGGCAUACACAAACCCGAUGCUUUCUAUAGUUACACCGCGUAUCACUAUCUUGUCUCACAUUACUAUGUAUAGUCUCAUCUAGAUUCCAAUGUAGCAGUUGUUCUGCGGGGCGUCAUGCACUUCUAAUGCUAAAACAUCUUCCCCAUAUCCAGUAGCUCUCCUGGAUUUCUGGUACCUCUUCUGGAUUUCCAGUACCUCUCCUGGAUUUCUGGUACCUCUUCUGGAUUUUCAGUACCUGUCCUGGAUUUCCAGAAGCUCCCUUAGAUUUUCAGAAGCUCUUCUGGAUUUCUGGUACCUCUUCUGGAUUUCCAGUAGCUCUCCUGGAUUUCUAGUAGUUCUCCCAGUUUUCCAGUAGUUCUCCUGGAUUUCUAGUAGCUCUCCUGGAUUGCUAGUAGCUCUCCCAGUUUUCCAGUAGUUCUCCUGGAUUUCCAGUAGUUCUCCUGGAUUUCUAGUAGCUCUCCUGGAUUUCUAGUAGUUCUCCCAGUUUUCCAGUAGUUCUCCUGGAUUUCCAGUAGCUCUCCUGGAUUUCCAGUAGCUCUCCUGGAUUUCCGGUACCUCUCCUGGAUUUCUAGUAGUUCUCCAGGAUUUUCAGUAGCUCUCCUGGAUUGCUAGUAGUUCUCCCAGAUUUCCGGUACCUCUCCUGGAUUUUCAGUAGCUCUCCUGGAUUUCUAGUAGCUCUCCUGGAUUGCUAGUAGCUCUCCUGGAUUUCCGGUACCUCUCCUGGAUUUUUAGUUGCUCUCCUGAAUUUCUAGUUGUCCUCCUGGAUUUCCAAUACCUUUUCUAUUUUGGAGCCAUUUGGACUUUGUGCACAGGACUUGUUAGCAAAGGCUUUUAUAAAUCACUCAUGGAAUGUUUCCCCCACAAGGUGAAUAUACGAUGAGGCUUCUCCCCAUGGGCCCACCAGAGAAGCCAAUGUAAAAGGACCGCCAGUAAUAUUUAAACAACUUCUUCCUGCCCAGUAAGACCAUGACUUUGGCAGAACUUUCCUGCUGCGUAUAGGAGACUUGUGCUAGAAGCACAGACAGGCAGGCAGACAGGUAGCUUACAGCCCAGAUUUUAUGAUUGUUUUUGGGUUGAUGCACCUCUAGAUCCCACCAACUGAAAUAUCUCUCCACUUUACACCAUGUCAGUUCUCCCUGACAGCCCUGUAUAAUUAGCAGGAUUUAGUUUCUGUUGUGUAGAAUGAGGGUGAACUGCUGCUGCCGCCAACACCACCCUAAUACUGCCCUGAAAUACUGAAUUCCCACACGACUAACAGCAACCCGAGGGGCCACACCUGCUCCCCCACUUCUCUCCGCUGGAAGUGGUUUUUCUCAUGUUUGAUUUAUUUUUUGGGGGGGGGGGAUAGAUGUGCUUACUGUCCAUUUCUGCAGUGAUCUUCCAGGCCUGUCGGGGGUUUAUAUUUUAUCCAUUUUGUGUAGCGAUUUUACUAACACAUCUGGGUACUUAUGGCUAAAGAGAGUGGCAAAACAUUUUUGCUGAAAUGACCCCGCAUAGAGUAAGGCUGGGAAGGUGGGCAGUGACAGUAGAAGUGUAGUGGCAGGUUAUAGAUUCGGUGGGCCCCUGGCUGGAAGGUUCUCUUCCAACACUGACAGUACACAGUGCCUCCCUAAAGCUCAUACUCUGAAGACUCUGCUUUCAUUUCAGUCUCUGUAUAGGGGGAUCAGUCUCUGUAUAGGGGGAUCAGUCUAUGUAUAGGGGGAUCAGUCUAUGUAUAGGGGGAUCAGUCUAUGUAUAGGGGGAUCAGUCUAUGUAUAGGGGAUCAGUCUAUGUAUAGGGGAUCAGUCUAUGUA